AUGUCUGUAACAAAAGAGAAACAUAGUACUUGUACUACUAAUCUUGAGUUUCCGGCUGGUCUUAGGGUUCUUGCUGUAGAUGAUGAUUGCACAUGUCUCCAAAUACUCGCAAAGAUGCUUCAGACUUGUCGCUAUGAAGUAACAACAUGUUCGAGUGCACAGGAUGCUUUAUCAAUCCUUCGACAGGGAAAAAGUAAGUUUGAUAUUGUCAUAAGCGACGUACACAUGCCCGACAUGGAUGGAUUUAAACUUCUUGAAAUCAUUUGUUUAGAAAUGGACCUGCCUGUUGUCAUGAUGUCUGCGGAUGAUGAAAAUGAUGUUGUUAUGAAGGGUAUCAUCGAUGGUGCGUGUGAUUAUUUAGUUAAACCUGUUCGGAUGGAAGCUAUUAAGUAUCUGUGGAAGCAUGUGGUCCGCAAGCAGAAAUAUGGUUUGAAGGCGAUAGAGCAAUCGAAGAAUGAGGACAAUGACGAAAUAAUGAACCAAAAACAGUUGAAUGCUGAAAGCCAUAUAACCUCAAUGGAUACGAAAAACUGUGGAAGCUCAAAUUGCGAAAAGGAUGAGGAAGAGGAAGGGAAAGACAAGGAUGAUUCGGUGUCACUUAAAAAGCCGCGAAUGGUUUGGACACCCGAGCUUCAUCAACAAUUUGUUGCUGCUGUGAAUCAAAUUGGCCUCAAAAAUGCUGUUCCGAAGAAAAUUUUGGAGGUUAUGAAUGUUUCUGGUCUUACAAGGGAAAAUGUUGCUAGCCAUCUCCAGGUAUAGCACAUACAAUUUUAGUAAUAUUAUUUUC